UCGCGGUCUCCCGUCGGAAGAACCGCCGCCCGCCGCCGCAGCAGUGCCGGCGGUCUCCUCCGGCCACCUGCUCGACGGAAUGUCCCGGAGGACCGCCACCGCGCGGUGGGUGCCGCGUUACCGGCCGGAGCCGGUGGGGAGGUCCGGUCCCGGCGUGCCGGCCCCUGCGGCCCACGCGUUCGGCCAAAUGCCUCGGGGGGCUACCACCGUGCUGUGGGUGCCGCGGCGCCAAGGGGAGGGGGAGGGGAGGCCCAGUGGCUCGUCACGCUACGCCGUCGCCCCCGCCGACCGGCUCAGCGCCCUCCCGGACGAGAUCCUGCACCACGUCAUGUCGUUCUUGAAGGCGUGGGAGGUGGUGCGCACCUGCGUGCUCUCGCAGCGCUGGCGCCGCCUCUGGGCCUCGGCGCCGUGUGUCGACAUCCGCGUGCGGAGCUGUGGCCGCGACGGCGACCCGCCGGAGGAGUUCGGCAAGUUCGUGUACCGUCUGUUGCUGGCACGGGAGGUGUCAGCCCCAGUGGAUACGCUCCGGCUGCGGUCGAGCGACGGGGAGGAAUAUGCCGAGACCUAUGACAAUGAUGAUGUUAACAUGUGGAUCUAUUCUGCAAUCAAACGCAAUGCUCGAGUCAUUCACCUUAAUGGGCACCGCUUGGACGACCUGGUGUUGGAGCACACUGCUUUUGCCUCUCACAGCCUCAAGAUCUUGAAGCUGUCACACGUCAAACUUGAUGGGAAGAUCCUCAAGCAGCUCUCCUCUGUGUGCACUUCUCUAGAAGAGCUAGAGCUUAACAACUGCCCAGUUAAUGGCGGUGAGAUUCGGUCAGUCUCACUGAAGAAACUGAUGAUGGUCAAGUGCUCUAUCACUGUUGACCUCUCGGUUUGUGCUCCAAACCUUGAGUUCCUAUGCUGUGUCACCCCAUUCUGUCGUGUUCCCUUGUUCCAAAACCUGAGCUCGCUGGAUGCGGCCACCAUCAUGCUUGAUGACUCUUUCCUGCGCAAUGACGAAUUCCUCCAUGUGAACGAGGAUGAAGAGCUUGAGGAAACCAGUGAUGAUGAGGCUGACUGUGAGACUAUAUCAGAUCAUUAUGAUAAUACGAGGGAUACUGACAGAGAUGCCUAUGACGACGACGACGACGACUUCUUAUGUGAUGAAUAUCUUAGUAGUUGUCACGAUAAUUUGGUCGAUGAUUACAACUACGGCUCUGAUAUUGAAAGUGAUGACAAUGUAUAUCAAUAUUGUCAGAUAGCAAAUGAAUGUAGAGGUGGAAAGUAUGGCAACUACCAUGACAGCAAACAGAUUGGUAAUUAUCAGGAAUUAUGCGAGCAUGCUGAUACUUUCAGUGGCCAGAAUUUACUUUGCAGCCUUUUGAAUGCCAGAAGCUUGGAGUUGUUGGCUCAUUCAGGAGAGGUGGUCAUGAUACGGGAAUUGAGAAUGUGCUCAACAUUUGGCAAAUUGAAGACUUUGUCCCUUGGAGAGUGGUGUAUGGCCGCUGACUGUGAUGCACUAAUUCUCUUACUUCAGAAGUCACCUAAUUUGGAGAGGAUUUUUCUUAAGCUUGAAUUGAACUACAGUAACAAGGAGACAGUAAAUGUUGGUUUCGAACUGAAGGAAAGAUCAUUUGCCUGCCACAAUCUUGCGGUGGUGAAUAUUAGAUGCUCUAAAGAUGAUGGAAGGGUCCAUAUAUUAGCAGAACUCUUUGGUGCUAAUGGUUUACCCCUUGAGAAGAUUUAUGUCCGCCGGACAGGCAGCACCUACCUUCGCAGCAUGAAAUAAUGAGAGAUUUUACUAGGGAUGAGCUGCAAGAAGCUAGCGGGCACCACUGAUAGUAAGCACCUGAUAACCACAAAGUUUGACUUGGAGCAUACUGAUCACUUAUCGAAAGCUGUGGUCAGCUGACCUCAGCCAAAGAAUUUCCACAACAUAACUAUGUAAUUAGUUAGGUAAAUUUGAGUUAUCUUCCCUCGAUCUGCACAUUUAUUCCAAUUAGGCAUCAUCUUUUUUUUUUUUAGAUAAUGAACUGGGCAUUAUCUUUUGAUGGGCAUGUGUGGUGUUUGCUGAUGCUUGACCAAAGUUUGUUGUGAGUUCGUGACUCUUGCUCAGUAUCUUCCCAUGCUCCUUUGAGCAUUGAUGAAACCGUGAAUGCCUUCUUUGGAAUAUUAUGAUAUUGACACUCGACUGCCAAUU